CAUAUGACAUUCAGCUGAGUACGAAUUUUCCUCUGCUCUACUGCGGAUUGUGUCCGAACUGGUCCUAAAUUUCGUCGUCAUCCGUUAGUAAUCCGCGCUCCGAUUAUCGUCCAGUGUUCACAAGCACCCACUAAUCCACCACCAUGUCCGACGUGCAGGAUCUGAUGUCCCUUCCGGACGACAAAAUUGAUAUGAUUGCGGCGACGAGCGUGCUCCAGCAGCAGGCCGGGGACAUCCGCCAGAACAAGCCCAACUGGGCGCCGUACGUGCAGUCGCAGAUGAUUUCGCAAGAGGAUUACAACUGCGUCAGCGCCCUGGACAAGGACAAGAAGAGCCAGGCGCAGUAUCUGCAUGAAAAUCCCGGCCAGUGCGCCAAGACGUUCCUGAAUUUGCUGUCGCACGUCUCGAAGGACCAGACGAUCCAGUACAUCCUGGUGAUGAUUGACGAUCUGCUGCAGGAGGACCGCACGCGCGUCCAGAUCUUCCACGAGUAUGCCAUCAAGCGCAAGGAGAGCGUGUGGGCACCGUUCCUGAACCUGCUGAACCGCCAGGACGGGUUCAUCGUCAACAUGGCGUCGCGCGUCGUCGGAAAGCUGGCCUGCUGGGGCCAGGAGCUGAUGCCCAAGUCGGAUUUGCACUUUUAUCUGCAGUGGCUCAAGGAUCAACUGACCGUGGCCGGUCGUAAGCUGUCGCAAGAGAUGCUCGAGGCGGACAAGAAGCGGGCCGAAGAGUCCGCGGCCGCCCAUCUGGCGCACUCCCACGGACAUCACGCUCAUCACGGCGGCAGCACGGCCGAGUCCCACAACCAGCAUCAUCACCACCAUCAGAUUGCGGAAAAGUACCGCGAGAUUUCCAGUGCCAUCGACGAGCCACGCCAGCGCACUGACGGGGACGGUUCGCUCCACGUCUCGCUAACGAAUAACGAGUACAUCCAGUCGGUGGGUCGCUGCCUGCAGAUGAUGCUGCGCGUGGACGAGUACCGCUUCGCGUUCGUCACCGUCGACGGAAUCAGCACGCUGAUUAGCAUCCUGUCGUCGCGGGUCAACUUCCAGGUCCAAUACCAGCUGGUGUUCUGCCUGUGGGUGCUGACGUUCAACCCGCUGCUGGCGGAGAAGAUGAACAAGUUCAACGUGAUCCCGAUCCUGGCGGACAUCCUGAGCGACAGCGCCAAGGAGAAGGUCACGCGCAUUAUCCUGGCCGUGUUCCGCAACAUGAUCGAGAAGCCGGAGGACGCGCAGGUCGCCAAGGAGCACUGCAUCGCGAUGGUCCAGUGCAAGGUGAUGAAGCAGCUGCAGAUCCUGGAGCAGCGCCGCUUCGACGACGAGGACAUCAGCGCGGAUUUGGAGUUUUUGAUCGAGAAGCUGCAGAGCUCGGUGCAGGACCUGAGCUCGUUCGACGAGUACGCAACCGAGGUCAAGAGCGCCCGGCUGGAGUGGUCUCCGGUGCACAAGUCGGCCAAGUUCUGGCGCGAGAACGCCCAGCGUUUGAACGAGAAGAACUACGAGCUGUUGCGCAUUCUGGUGCACCUGCUGGAGACGUCCAAGGACGCGCUGGUGCUGUCGGUUGCGAGCUACGACAUUGGCGAGUACGUGCGCCACUACCCGAGAGGAAAGCACGUCAUCGAGCAGCUUGGAGGCAAACAGCUGGUGAUGCAGCUGCUCGGUCACGAUGACCCGAACGUGCGCUACGAGGCCCUGCUGGCCGUGCAGAAGCUGAUGGUCCACAACUGGGAAUAUCUCGGCAAGCAGCUGGAGAAGGAGAGCGAGAAGGGAGCGCAAAGCGGAGCCGCCAUCAGCGGAAAGGCCUAAGAAAUGGGCGCCAAACAAUUGCAAUUGCUUUUUCGUUGUCAUUACUCUGUUAUUAUUCUGUUGGAAAUUUUUUAUCACCACGCUUGGAUUGGUUUCUUCUAUCAUGUCACAUUCCCAUUUACGUAAAAUCAUGAAAAAGUCCAUCAAACAAGAGCGAAAAGAGCUUGGCGGAUUGCUACUGCUGAGAAGAACAUGUUUGUAUUUUAUUAUGAUGUAUUAUUGAUCAAAACUAACUGUAAAUGUAAGCGAUAGCAUAAACUUGAAUACACACAUAAUAAUGGUGAAACUUGUUGUACAUUUCCCGAUAAAAAAAAAACGUAAAACUGUAUCUGUUAAGCGUAAUAAAGUGUAGAUUAUUCGACC